GCCCGUUCCUCUCCCGCCCUUUUCCCCUCAUCCUGACAAUAGCCGGGUGCGGGCGUCUGUCCCUUUAAAUGCCACGAUGCUAUGAUGUCAAGGGGAAAGGAGGGGGGCACUGCAGUUCAAAUGCAGUCCAUGUGAGUUGCAAUUACUUCCUGCAAAAAAAAAAAAAAAAAAAAAAAAAAAAAAACACCAGCCAGCCUGCAAGAGCGAGCGAGCGAGCGAGAGAGAGAGAGAGAGAGAGAGGGGCCUGGACUCCUAGGGACCACGUAAAGUUUGCGUUUGAAGAAAAUACUGCAACGCAGACCAGUGGUGGCGUGUCGCCUGGAUGGAAGAGUAGAGUUACCGCGGAUGUCUUCUCAGUUGGAUAUCUAAGAACACCCUGAGGACCUACGGAAUCUCUUAUCAUCCCACAUCAUGUCACAGCUACUUCAUAUGGAGAUCCCAAAUUUUGGGAGCAGGGUACUGGGCUGUCUCAACGAGCAGCGACUGCUUGGCCAAUACUGUGAUGUGUCCAUCUUGGUAAAUGGUCAGGCCUUCAAAGCUCAUCGAGCUGUUCUGGCAGCCAGUAGCUUAUACUUCCGUGAUCUUUUCAAUGGUAGCUCCAAAAGCCUUUUUGAAUUGCCAUCCACUGUCCCACCUGCUUGCUUCCAACAAAUCCUAACUUUCUGUUACACAGGCAAGCUGACAAUGGCUGCUAGUGAGCAGUUAAUCAUUAUGUACACAGCAGGGUACCUUCAGAUACAGCACAUUGUAGAGCGUGGCAUGGACCUCAUGUUCAAAGCUAAUUCUCCUCAUUGUGACUCCCAGACUGCUACUAUGGAAGAUCCAGGAUCUGAGCCACAGAGUCCAUGCAAUAACAACCAUGGUUCUGGCCAAGCCACCCCAUUGCCCACUUCUGGUUGGUCUUGCACAUUGCCACUACCACUGCGUGGCCGUAUUAAACAAGAAGGGAUAGAAGGCCCUUUGUCUCUUCAAGGGCUUUUCCAAAAGAGAGGCCAACCAGAACAGGUAGUUCUAAGUGGCAAACUUCAACGUACCGCCUCUCUGUACUAUACAAGCAGCAGCGCUGGUCUGGCAGCAGCUCUUUCUGGAGUCCAAACAUAUCCUGCUACUACAGGAGAACGCUCUAGCCCUGGAGCCUCAAGUUUGCCUACUACCGAUAGCCCCACUUCCUAUCAGAAUGAUGAAGAAGAGUUUGAUGAUGAUGUUUAUGACAGUAUCCCUGAAGAGACCUAUGGACAGAUGUUUGGCAGAGUGCAUCCUGGGUAUUCUGUCCAAGAUAAAUCUGAUGUCUCAGCCAUGCCCAUUUCCUUGGAAAACCGUUCAUGUGUACUCAUUCGUAGAGACCUAGUGGCCUUGCCAGCAAGUCUCAUCAGCCAAAUUGGCUAUAGGUGUCAUCCCAAACUCUAUUCUGAAGGAGAUCCGGGUGAGAAGCUAGAGCUAGUAGCAGGUACAGCAGUGUACAUUACUCGUGGCCAGCUCAUGAAUUGUCACUUGUGUGCUGGAGUCAAGCAUAAAGUUCUCUUGCGUAGACUUCUUGCUACAUUCUUUGACAGGAACACUCUGGCUAACAGUUGUGGAACUGGAAUACGCUCAUCAACUAGUGACCCUAGCAGGAAGCCAUUGGACAGUCGUGUUCUCAAUGCUGUAAAGCUUUACUGUCAGAACUUUGCACCUAAUUUCAAGGAAAGCGAGAUGAAUGUGAUUGCCGCUGACAUGUGCACCAAUGCACGGCGUGUCCGCAAGAGAUGGUUGCCCAAGAUUAAAUCCAUGCUGCCAGAAGGGAUGGAAGUGUAUAGAGGUGCAACACAAGGGAGUGCUGGCAUGCCCUUUGAAUCCGAUUUCCCAGUGCUGACAGGUGCCGGUCUUGGUUUUGAGCAACGCAUCUAUACUGAGCGCAAGGAACCAAUCAGAACUCAUCCAGCGCCUGGCCUUGAGGCCGAGUGCAGCUCUGAGCAGCCCUUUGAACACAGGGCUACAGAUGUGCAGGAGCCAGAGGUUGCAGGUGGAGAGGAGGAAGAGGAAGAGGAAGAAGAGGAACAGGAAGAAGAGAUACUUGAAGGUGCAGAUGGCCCAGAGGCGCCAACUUCUCACAACCCCAGAGAUGAUGUCGCAAGCCUUCCUCACCCUCCGGUAGGACAGCAGGAGGAGUUUACGGAGCAGCUGUAAAAGAAGAAUGUACUAAGGGUGCAAAAUAAUAAUUUCUAUAAUUGGCCUGGAGAAAUACACACUCAGACACCUUAAUUUGUUUUGCAGAGAUGUUGGCAUCUGUGCAGGCUUAUAAGCAGUUGGUAUUAGUGGAGAGAUAAGCCACUUCCCAGUAUUUUUUAUGAAUAUGUGAUAUUAGGUAAAUGCACUUAAACCAGAGUAUAAAUUGGUGGAGAAUUGCCCCCCCCCCCCCCAAACCCUCCAGAAGUACUUUUGUAGAGUUUGAUUUUUCAUUGCUAUUUUCCAUUAUAUUUGAGGUGACUUUUGUUUUUGUUUCCCCAUUUUAAAUUUCCAUAAUCUGUGAGAUGUAUAUCUAGGCUAAAUUUUAAUUUCUAACAGAGCUUUCCGAGUGUGAUUUUUUUUUUUUUUUUUCGUCAGCCAAAUGGACCCCAAACUAUGCAGUUUUCUAAUCAGGUGUACAACUGGUCCAUUCAAAAGUAAUUUUGCAUCAAGUAAAGCUCUUGAUAAUUCUGUACUUUUCUCUGAACUCUCCAUUUUGUUUUGGACAUUUUUGUCCCACAAGAGCAGACAUUUCUCUGUUGUAUAUGGGUCAACUGUGUCACACCCUAAAUAGAAAGCAGCUGAAAUUCUGAACCUACGUAUUACUUUCCUUUUUCAAAAAAAAUCUCUUUCAUUACUAAGUCUGCUACCCUGCUGGCUGAAUCUUUAAGCAGAAAUAGCUAGAAUCGAAAAAUGAUUUAUUCAUAUAAAAAAAUAAUAUACUUUAAAAAGCAGAGCUUAGACUCUGAUUUCAUGAUAAUAUUAUAAGGGUAAGGCCCUUUGCUCCAUUUUCUUUGGAGUUUCAUGCCUAAGCAGAUUCUUUUUGUGUUACGGUCCAACUGUGGCACCUUUUGCUUUUGUAAUUCAUUUCAUAAUUUAUUUCAGAAAAAUGUGUUAAAUCUCACUACGUCAAGGUCACAACAUUUAAUUGUACUGGCCGGUUUCCUUUAAUGUAAAGCACUUUAGUGUUCUGAAUAUAAAAAGUGACGCUCUUUUAAUUUUACAGCGUGUAAGAAGUAUAAUGUACAGUUUACGGAUAGUUUAAACUGGGGGAAACCCUUUCAUAUUUUGGCAGAAGUUACUUUUUUAACAGGAGAUAUAGCCAUUUAGCUGCAAAAAAAAAAUCUUCUACAUUUAGUAGUUACCCUGCUGACGGGUGAGCUAACAAAAUAAUUAAAAAAAGCAAGAUAAUUAAUAGCUGUCUUUAUGACCUAGGGUAUGAGCCAAACAGGUAUUCAGGGGUGUCUUCUCCUGGGGCAGCAUUUGGCUAAAGUGAGACCCUUACGUAUAGGAGGAAAAAUGUUCUGUAUUUUGUAGGGUUGAUGCUUAUAGAAGUCUAUGUAGGUGAAACACUCUGGUUAAUCUAGUAAACGUUUUUCUGGCAUUUGCUGCAGCUUCCAGAGGAAAUACAACCCAUGGGUGUCAUGAACGUGCUUCCUAGGCCUAUUUGUCAAACUUGGGUGGCCUGCUUAUACAGUGGCAUGCUUUCUCGUAGGACUUUUGAGAACCUUCUUACAGUACGCAUUGUUUUUGUCUCUAUGUGUUGAUUGGUUUCUCUUGUUAAUUGGCCUUUUUUUAGAGGUCAACUUUUUAUGGUAGGACAAACCUUUGAGCAUCUAGAGCAGACAGUCUCUGUAUGUGCCACUAUAAAAAAAAUAAAUUGUAGGAUGCUUGUGACAGGUAUCGAUCAAAUGGGGCCCACAUGCACUCUUGUCUUGUGGAUGCAUGCGCAAAAAUCUCUAGCAUUUAAAAAAAAAAAAGAAAAAGAAAAACACUUAUUUGCUUUUGCUGCCAAGCUCAAAAAUGUAAAAGUGGCAGCAGUUCAGCUCACGCAUGCACAUGUCCUUAAAAAGUGCUUGCAUGUGUAAUUAAUCGCCAAUUAAAUUUUGAGCCACUAACCUGCAAUGCUGCUGUAGUUGCCUAAAUAUAUGAUAAUAUUUGAACUGCUAUAGGGGAAACUAGAACAAUCUUGACUAGUGAAGAGAAAGUUACAAAGACUAAGUUGACUAACUUAUAAAAAAAAGAAAAAAAAACUAUAGAAAGGCUGCAGUGCAGUUUUAAGAUUUUUUUUUUUUUUAAUGUUUAAUAAAAAUAAUCUUUUUUGGAUUUUGUGGAAGAACUGGGAAGGAGCUUGCCACUGGAGAAGCUUUAAUGGGGUUAACAUGAAUGUGCAGUAAAUGCCGGGGGAACCAUAUGUUUGGCCUUUUUCUGGCUGCAACUUCAUUUUUGUGUUUCUUGCUUUCUGGCAACAAAGCCUUUUCAAGAUGGAUUAACAAAACAAACAAACAAAAAAACAC